GGGCUCCGACUCCAAGCAGUACGGCGGGAGGCACUAGAGGGAGCUGCGGCCACGCCGGCCGCGCCCGCCCCGCCGCGCCGGCCCGGCCCCGAGCACCGCCUCCCCAGCCAGCGCCGCCGCGAUGGCGGAGGACAGCGAGUCUGCGGCCAGCCAGCAGAGCCUGGAACUGGACGACCAGGACACGUGCGGGAUAGACGGGGACAAUGAGGAGGAGACGGAGCACGCCAAAGGAAGUCCUGGAGGGUAUUUGGGAGCCAAAAAGAAAAAGAAGAAACAGAAGAGAAAAAAGGAGAAACCAAAUUCCGGAGGCACCAAGUCAGACUCGGCAUCUGAUUCCCAGGAGAUUAAAAUUCAACAGCCUUCGAAAAAUCCCAGUGUUCCAAUGCAGAAGUUGCAGGAUAUCCAGAGAGCAAUGGAGCUGUUAUCCGCAUGCCAGGGCCCAGCCAGGAACAUUGACGAGGCUGCAAAGCACAGAUACCAGUUUUGGGACACACAACCGGUACCUAAACUAGAUGAAGUCAUAACAUCUCAUGGUGCAAUUGAACCAGAUAAAGACAACGUACGCCAAGAACCGUAUUCUUUGCCACAGGGUUUUAUGUGGGACACUUUAGACUUGAGUAAUGCCGAAGUGCUCAAGGAGUUAUACACGUUGUUAAAUGAGAAUUACGUAGAAGAUGAUGACAAUAUGUUCCGAUUUGACUAUUCACCCGAGUUCCUGUUGUGGGCUCUGCGUCCACCAGGCUGGCUCCUGCAGUGGCACUGUGGGGUCAGAGUGUCUUCAAAUAAAAAACUGGUCGGGUUCAUAAGCGCCAUCCCAGCAAACAUUCGGAUUUAUGACAGUGUGAAGAAGAUGGUAGAAAUCAACUUUCUUUGUGUUCAUAAGAAGUUGAGAUCGAAACGGGUAGCCCCAGUGCUAAUCCGAGAGAUCACUAGAAGAGUGAACCUGGAAGGGAUCUUCCAGGCUGUGUACACCGCGGGAGUGGUUCUUCCUAAGCCCGUAGCCACAUGCAGAUACUGGCAUCGAUCACUAAACCCCAGAAAACUGGUAGAAGUGAAAUUUUCUCACUUGAGUAGAAAUAUGACCUUACAGAGAACAAUGAAGCUAUACAGACUUCCAGAUGUUACAAAGACUUCAGGUUUGAGACCAAUGGAACCAAAAGAUAUCAAAUCAGUUCGAGAAUUAAUCAACACUUACCUGAAGCAGUUUCAUCUGGCUCCAGUGAUGGAUGAAGAGGAAGUAGCCCACUGGUUCCUCCCCCGGGAGCACAUUAUUGACACGUUUGUAGUGGAGAGCCCCAACGGUAAACUGACUGACUUCCUGAGCUUCUAUACGCUGCCCUCCACGGUGAUGCACCACCCUGCCCACAAGAGCCUCAAAGCCGCCUACUCAUUCUACAACAUCCACACAGAGACGCCUCUGCUGGACCUCAUGACCGACGCGCUCAUCCUGGCUAAAUCGAAAGGAUUUGAUGUAUUCAAUGCACUGGAUUUGAUGGAAAAUAAGACAUUCUUGGAAAAACUCAAGUUUGGUAUAGGAGAUGGCAAUUUGCAGUAUUACCUAUACAACUGGAGGUGUCCAGGUACAGAUUCUGAAAAGGUUGGACUAGUACUACAGUAGAUGAAUAUUUUUAUUCUGGAACUCUGACAUCAUGAUUUGUUAAUAUUUAAUGAUUUCUGGAACUGCCAUUCCAAAGAAGAAUAAAAGCACAACUCAAGUGAAAUUGAAGUAGUCGAUAAUCAGAAAAGAUGACAAAAGUUCACGUGACAUUUGUACGUUUCUAGCUAGAAUGUGAAACUUCAUCCUUUUUUCACUGUUGACCUAUUUGUGGGAGGGAUGAAAGGCUACAAAGAGCACAUUCUUGUAAUUUUCAAAUUUUUGCCUGUCUCUUGAAGAGGUAUUUUUUCACCCUUAGAAAAGGGACUGUUUUUCUAUGGACUAAGUAGAAGUUACAGAGUCAUGUAAGAAAACCUUUGCUAUUGUGUGGAGAUAAAUUGCUGCAUUUCUGUUUCUUAAGUGAUGGUACAUUUGUCCAUGUAACAGAACAAAAGAUCCAUUUGGAAAUUUUUUUACUGGUAUCACCUUACAUGGUAUCACUGGGAACAUUUAUGGAAUCAACACUUCUGCAGCUCAGUGACAGGUGGUGGUUAUUUAAGUGCAGAGCAAUAUUAAAAUGUACUGGUGACUAGUACAUGUAUUUCUCCAUAAGCAGAGUUGCCGAAUCAAUAAACAUACAAGUUUGUACUUUGAUCUUCACCAGGUCAGUGGAUUGCUUCAAAAGCAGAGUUUUGUGCAAGCACUCACUGUGCUCUCUGUAAGAGUCUGCGGCCGGGCGUGGUGGCUCACGCCUGUAAUCCCAGCACUUUGGGAGGCCAAGGUGGGCGGAUCACGAGGUCAGGAGAUCGAGACCAUCCUGGCCAACAUGGUGAAACCCUGUCUCUACUAAAAAUACAAAAAUUAGCUGGGCAUGGUGGCGUGUGCCUGUAGUCCCAGCUACUUGGGAGGCUGAGGCAGGAGAAUCGCUUGAACCCGAGGCAAGGUUGCAGUGAGCUGAAAUCGAGCCACUGCACUCCAGCCUGGGUGACAGAGCGCAAGACUCUGUCUCAAAAAAAAAAAAAAGAAGAGAAAGAGCCUGUAUCCGCGACUAACUGGACUUUUCUGCUGUUGUGCAAAGCUUUUCUGCUGUUGUGCAAAGUUCAGUUUCUUCUCAGCAACAUCAAGGAUAUAUGAAGAAAAGGAAAUAAAAGCUGUAAAGUCAAAAGAGAUGCCUGAUGGAACUUAUUCGUGCUAUCAGGGCAUUGAUAGUUUGAAUGUUUUUAUUACUUAUGCAAAAUUGCACAUACUCCUCUACGCUGACUUUAUCAUGAAAACUGUCAUGUGUCAUGCUAAUGGAAAAUGUCUUAUUUGUAAAUAAGUAUUCAUAAUUUUGUUACUGAUGGUGUUUUUAAUCUAGAAUUUGAAAAACUUUCACAGCAUACCGAUGUGUGUUUAUAUUGCCAGUAAUCCGCGGGAAAAAUAAGAUGCUAACCAAGACCAUGUAGCCUGGCCUCAACUCAGAUACCACAAAGUAGAUGCCUUGGCUGGGUGCGGUGGCUCACGCCUGUAAUCCCAGCACUUUGGGAGGCCAAGGUGGGUGAAAUAUUUGAGGUCAGGGGUUCAAGACCAGCCUGGCCAACAUGGUGAAACCCGGUCUCUACUAAAAAUUCAAAAAGAACUAGCUGGGCAUGGUGGUGGGUGCCUGUAAUCCCAGCUGCUAGGAGGCUGAGGCAGGAGAAUCACUUGAACCCAGGAGGCGGAGGUUGCAGUGAGCCAAGAUCGUGCCACUGCACUCCAGCCUGGGUGACAGUGCAAGACUCCAUCUCAAAAAAAAAAAAAGUAGAUGCUUUUCCCUGCCUUUACUGUGCCAGUGCCUAGGAUGUUCAGUGCAGACAAAGUUAAUUGUUUUAGACAUGAUGGCAUUUCCUUCAAGUUAUGAGUCCAGUGAAACUAAUCCUAUCUUAUCCCAGGCAGGGGCCACCAAACUAUGGCCUGUGGGUUAAAUCCAACCCAUUGCUUAUUUUUGUAUAGCCCACAGGCUAAGAAUGUUUUUAUUUUCUGGAAUGGUUGAGGAGAAAAAGCCAAAAAAUGAUAUCAUUUUGUGACAUGUGCAAAUUACACAAAAUUCAAAUUCCAGUGUCCCUCAAUAAAGUUUUAUUGGAACAUAGCCAUACUUUUUUUUUUUUUAGGACAGGGUCUCACUCUAUUGUCCAGGCUAGAAUACAGUGGCACAGUCACUGCUCCCUGUAGCCCCAAACUCCUGGGUUAAAAUGAUCCUCCUGCUUCAGCGUUUUUGAAGAAAAAGAACUAGCUGGGUGUGCAUACCACCACGCCUGGCUAAGUUUUUCAUGUUUUGUAGAGACAAGGUCUUGCUAUGUUUCCCGGGCUGGUCUUUAACUCCUAGCCUCAAGUGAUCCUUCUGCCUUGGCCUCCCAAAGUACUGGGAUUACAGACAUGAGCCACCACUCUUGGCCACAGCCACUUUCAUUUACAUAUUGCCUAUGGCUGCUUCACACUACAAAGCUGAGUUGAGUUGUUGUGACAGAUUGUGUGGCCUGCAAAGCCCAAGAUAUUCACUCUCCGGUCUUUUACAGAAAGUUUGUUGACCUUGGUCACUACGAAGGAGUUGAACUCUCCUUUCUAUAGGUUGCCAUAAUUCUAAAGACCAACCCACAGCUGUGACAUCCCUGAGACUACCACCAGAGGGCGACUGGGCCCCACAGUAGUGCGUAAUUAGGACCUUUCUUGGAGAUAAUGGAAGACUUGGAAUUUCAGAUGGUUACAUUAGUGUUCGUUCUUAACAGCAGAAAGCCUUCAAGAAACAAAACAGUCCUCAUUCACUGGAACAGGGUUUGAGAUACCAGCAUUAAGUAAAGGAGAUUUUGACUUAACCUGGAGUCAAGGCUCUAAUUUAGGACUUUACUUCCCACUCAUUUUCACGGCACAAAGUCUAUACAAAGUAGGUUUUCAUAUAAUUGCAGAAUCAGCCAGGCACGGUGGCUCACACCUGUAAUCCCUGCAUUUUGGGAGGCCGAGGUGAGCAGAUCACUUGAGGUCAGGAGUCUGAGACCAGCCUGGCCAACAUGGUAAAGCCUCAUCUCUACUAAAAUUACAAAAACUAGCCGGGCAUGGUGGUGUGCACCUGUAAUCCCAGCUACUCGGGAGGCUGAGGCAGGAGAAUCGCUUGAACCCAGGAGGCGGAGGUUGCAGUGAGCCAGGAUCACACCACUGCACUCUAGCCUGGGCAACAGAGUGAGACUAUCUCAAAAGUUAAAAUAACUGCAGCAUUGCCAGUUGGAAAUUUUGUCGUGAGCUUACCUCAUGGUGACAGUUACACUGCUCCUUUAAAGAGUCAUUUACAUAAUUUGUUAUCAAAUUAUUAACCACUUUUAAAUAGAAUAACUACAUUUGCCUCUAUAAUUGAAGCAGAUUACUAAUUAACAUUUUCGAGAAUUAAACUGCUUGCUUAUGAAGUAGCUAUUAAAACUAAAUUUAAAUGCAAUAGUGUCUUGUAGAUUUAAAACUGCAUUGUACUGUACUUUGUCUGUAAUGAAAAUGUUCUAUUCAAUAAGGUAUCUUUUUUUCUUCUUUUUGGCCAAGAUGGCACUAAGUAAAAUUUAAAUCGAGAGGUGGCAUAAUCCAUGAGUCAGCCAGACUUUCAGCUGGAAAAAUCUUUAGUAAAUACCUUCCUUCUAAAUUAUAGAAAGUAACUUCUCCAUACACACUGUAAACAGCGGACACUCCUAACAGAGCAUUGGUUAUGCUCCAUUUCCUAACCUGAAGGACUCUUGUCACACGCUCACCUCUGAGAACCCAAGCUCCUCAGUUUUUUUAAUCUUCUGGCCACAUUUCAUUCCAAUUACCAUCAUACCUUUUAUACGUUAGAUUUCCAAGGAGGUAUGUGAAUCACGUAAUGGGGGUGAACUGUACCCAGUCAAAAUAACCUUAUCUGACUUUUUCUAUGUUUUUGAUAUUUUCUCUCUAAAUAUUAAGUCUUUCUCCCAAGCUCAUGUCUAUUCCUACCUAAAAGUCAAAUUGACAUGAAGUGAAAAAUGAUGUGUUGCUUCUGAAGACAAUGGAUUGCUUGGCAUUUGGGUUCUUUCCUUUAAAACUGAUAAUGCUUCCCCAAUUCAGUUCCAUCUACCUGACUGACUAGAACAUUUACUGUGGCACAUUUUCCAGGUUUGAUAAGAAAAUGCUAAGCAUUGUAGGACACAGAUAUUGUUGCUCACAGGCACUCUACCAGCCUUUGAAAAAGUCAAUUUAGGCUGGGCGCAGCUGCUCACAACCUGUAAUCCCAGCACUUUGGGAGCACGAGGCAGGUGGAUCACGAGGUCAGUUCGAGACCAGCCUGACCAACAUGGUGAAACCCCAUCUCUACUAAAAAUACAAAAAAAUGAGCUGGGUGUGGUGGUGGGCACCUGUAAUCCCAGCUACUCAGGCGGCUGAGACUGGAGAAUCGUUGCAUCUGGGUGGCGGAGGUUGCAGUAAGCCGAGAUUGCGCCGCUGUGCUCCUGCCUUGGCGACAGAGCGAGACUCUGUCUCAAAAAAA